AUGCGAUUCAAUAAUAUUGUGCAUGAUUUUGUUUCUACUAAUUGUUUAACAUUGCUGAUAUGGUCAUCUGACGAUAUUGUUUAUUCAUUAUCCGAUACAAUAAUUGAUCAACUUUGUUCAGAAAUCCUACCUGAAAUUUAUUAUGAAGUCAAAUGGCUAAAACUUGAAUCAUUAUCAAUGGAAUGUAUUUUUCGUGCCGUUGAUUAUCCCAAUUUAUAUCAACUUGAUUUGUACAACAUUGAAGAAGAAUCAUUUAAACGUUUGUUCAUUGAUGAAACUGAUUUAACUUCUAGCUAUCGUAGUCAGAUAUCUAAAUUGGUUAUUACAGUGGGCAACAAUAAAAACAUAUCAUCAUUGAGAGAUACAAUAGCAAGUUUAUUUAUCAAUAUCGUUAAUGUUUUCACCAAGUUACAUUAUUUAAAUUUCCAUUCAUUUACAAAACUCUCGAGUGAAUAUUUAUCAUGCGCUGGAAAACCUCCGAACAUUUUCUCUUCAACAUUAACCGAAUUGUAUGUUAAUUUGCGAGAAUUCGAUGAUUGUCUUUAUCUACUUGAUGAUCGUUUCAAUCAACUUCGUACCUUCUGUGUUAAUAUUAAUUUAAUUGAUAUUCCACUGACAAUUAUCAAUAAUAAAUUUGCGGACUUAAUUGUGCCACUUUUACAUCGAAUGUUAAAUCUUGAAGAACUCGCUUUAUAUAUUGUUCUUAAAAGUAAUGAAAUAUUUAUUGAUGGAAAUAGUUUAACGAAGAAUAUUAUUAAUCCUCUAUCACGAUUACACAAAUUUAUGUUUAAUAUUCGAUCAGUUUUGUAUCUUCACAAUAAACCUUCUUUACCGUCAAAUGAAGAAAUUUCUCGUACAUUUACAAAUUUCACGAAUAUGAAAGUUAUUUCUUGCGUUGAUUAUUUUCGAAGGAAUGACACUGGCCAAUGCCAUAUUUAUUCAUAUCCAUAUACAAUGCAACAUUAUAGAAGUAUUACAAAUAGUUUUUCAGGUGGUUUAUUCAAAUGUGUUCGUGAAGUAUCAUUAUUUGAUGAACAUCCUUUUGAACAUGAGUUCUUUCUUAAACUUGCUCAAUCAUUUCCAUUUCUUAAAACCUUAUCUGUAAAUAAUUGGAAAGCUCAAAAAUAUAAAAAUUGUCAAAUAUUAAAUUACAAUAAUCAACAUUUCUCAAUUAUUAAAUAUCCUUAUCUUACCAAACUCAUUUUUCCUUCGGCUCAUGAUGACUAUGUUGAACAAUUUCUCGAUGAUACAAAAACGUCUAUAUCGAAUAAUAUUUCUCUUUUUGUCCAUUAUCAUCCUUUACGAAAGGCAACACACAAUUUCUCAAGAGUAACAACACGAAUGAAUUGUUCGAAAUUGAGUGAUUUACGUAUCCUUGAUAAAAUCAAAAUAUUGGAACAUCAAGCUUAUUUUCCAAAUUAUUUCAAGGAAUCAGCAAGUACAACAACUACUGUAUCUUCAGUAAUUGUUUCUGCAUAUUGGACUUUUGAUAAUACGAUAGCAGAUUCAUAUGGAGUUUAUGUUGGUCAACUAAUAAAUAAUCCACUAUAUACUACUGCGACUGCAACUAAUUUGCCUUAUGUAGGAAAUGGUCAAGCACUUAUCUUUAAUUCAGCAUCGAAUCAAUCAUUUAUGAUUUCGAGUUCAUUAUUUGAUUUAAGUUAUACAAGUUUUACCAUUGAAGCUUGGAUUUAUCCUACGUCGUUUACCGGUGAUCGUGGAAUAUUUGGUCAAUGUCAAUGCUCAAUCUGUGAAAAUCAAUGUUUAUAUUUAAUUAUUCGAAAUUAUCGCUUGUACAUUGAUUUCACAUCGAAUUAUUUAUCUGGUUCGACGACUUUAUCAACUUCUAAUUGGUAUCAUAUAGCUUUUGUUUGUAAUUAUCAAACACGACAGCAAAUAUUAUAUGUCAAUAAAAUUCAAGAUGCUAUCAAAUCAAAUGCACAGGCUUAUCAAGGAAAAAAUGGAAGUAUCCAAAUUGGUUCAACUCAAGUUUAUUCGACAAUGAACUUUUUUCAAGGUUAUAUUGAUAAUGUAGCAUUAACAACAAGAGCAAAAUCUUCAAUAGAAAUUUUACGUGAUGCAUCUUUAAUGGCUUAUUAUUCAUUUGAUUUACCAAAUCCAACUGUUGACAAUGGUCCAAAUGGAUUAAAUGCAACAUCGAGUAAUGCAGUUACAGCUACUGGACGUGUCAAUGAGGCAAUUCAUUUCCUUGGAUCAUCAUCAUCGUUUUUCCGAGUUUACGGUCUCUAUCAGAUUUCAUAUGGCGUUGCUAAUAGCAAACCAUUUUCAAUUGCUUUAUGGAUAAAUCCAUCAUCAGUCAGUAGUAUGGCAAUUAUCCAGAUGUUUUUAUCAACUAUAUCUUCAACGUGUGAGACUUUGCUUGGUAUUUACUCAACCGUCGGAUCAGCGGGACAGAUCAUUGUACACAACUUCAAUACCUAUGGAUCAUAUUUGACUGGUCCAUUUAUAACACAAAAUACUUGGACACACAUUUCAUUGACAUACAGUCAAACAAAUGGAUACACAUUGUAUGUUAAUGGAGUUCUGUUUGGUGCAACUGGCAGUUUUUCAUAUUGGUCGAGCAGUACAUUCGCAUAUCUUUUCAUAGGUUAUGGCUAUGGUUGUUCUUUUACUUUUGUAACGAGUUCUUAUCAGGGUUACAUUGAUGAACUCUAUAUUUAUAAUCGAGAACUAUCACAAGCAGAUGUUACUGAUCUUGCUAAUCCGUGA